AUGCAGGCUGCAUAUUUUGAUUACUUGGUUGUGGAUCGUACCAUUAUUCAACCAACUCUGCCCAGGAUUCUUGUGUGGGAUGACAAUGCUAUACUUAAUUACAAUGGUGCUCAGUCAGCAACCAAAGACAUUCAGUUCAAGAGAGUUGAGGACACACUAUUCAAUGAACACCAAAUGGACCCUUCUACACUGCGUGGAUUUAAUGGGACAGAUGUCACCAACGCUCCUCAUGAACCUGGAACGCACGGUGGCAAUUUUGCUACAAAUGUCCAAUAUGGUACACACAAUACCAAUGAGCAACACGAGGCAAAUUCCCCAAUGUCACCACUUUUAAGGCCAACCAGCUCAGUUCGUGGCCAGAGUUACACUGUUGAUCUUGAGUCUGCACGUAAAGUGUUGCCAGGUGCAAGUCAGUUGUCACUGCAAGUUUUAUGUGGGGAAUCCAUGCACCCAGAUGUUGAUGCAUUUAUAAAAUCCACAUUAGGCUCUGAAGCUCCUGCAGAGGUGCACCAGCAUUUGAGGAUCUUGUGCUUGAGUUUUUUCAAGGAUUCUGUUCAGCAAUAUGUCAAAUCUAUCGAACCUUUGCUUGUGAGCCAGUGUUGUGAUAUGGUGAAAUCUUUUUGUACUGGCUUGGAGCAAUCAAAAACUGCUACUCAGAAUGUUUCUAAGGAAGCCUCCAGAGCAGCUUUAUUUCACACACCAACAGCUGAUCCAAAUAGUGCAAAUGAAGUCCCAGCUCAGACUGACAUGCAUCCAUGCAGUAAUUCUCCCGCCCCCAAAGAUUCAGCUACUGUAAAUGAAGCAGCCAUUAACACCACAAACAACUUGCAGCAAGCCAAGUCCUUUGCUUCCAGAACCGAAAAUGGCCACAGUGAUGAGCAGCAGGCACCCAGUCCUAUUGUCAUCAGUAAGGAAAUGUCACCAGUUAUCUCACCAACCUCCCAGAUCAUCAAAGAUGUUGUUGGUGAUUUAUCAUGCACACACGAUGAUGAUUCCAAUGCUACACGCACAAAUAUUGAUGGUUCUGUUCUCAGGUCAACUCCUUCUUUAGCACAUCCUGAACAAGUUGAUACUGGUCUACUUGGAGACAAAAAGGCCAUUUCUGAUGUUGUUGUCAGGCAAACAUCUGACGGGUCUGAGAUGGAAAAGAAAGGGUCUUCAACAAUGUCUCCAGCAAACCACACCACAUCUGAGAGUCAAGUUGAUGCUCAUUCAAUCAGCAUUUCAGCUGGGAAAUCAAAAAGGAAUAGCCCCCUGGCUGCUAAUAUUUCUGGUACAGAGCUGUGUGGAUCACCAGUCAAGAAACUAAAAGUUGCUACAACUAAGUCCUCAGAUGAUGGAACAUCAAAAGAUUCAGUAACCAGUGUGCAUAGAUCUGAACCAAAUACAGAUGUUCCAGCGACAUUGACAGAGACAACACCCCUGGAGAUUGUUUUACCAGAGACAAGUACAAAGACAACCAUGAAGGAUCUUUCUGGAUUGGGCCAUAAGAAACGUGCUUUGAGGAUUCUGGAAUCAUUCCUAAAAGGUGAGAAGGCAAAGGCUCCAAAAGUUGUGCUCUCAGAGUUUGAAAAAGAAGUCUACCACAUUGCCACAAAACGGAUUAGGGAUACAGAUCCCAAUCCAGAAUGUGUGCAAAUUGGGCGAAUGUCUAUCACUGUCAGAGAGUUUGGUGAUACCAUGAGGCCAAAGAAAUGGCUCGGUGAGGAAUGUUGA